CCAAAGGCAUUCUAAAUGGGCCUAUCGGAACAUGGUCCAUUUUCACACACCGUAAGGACAUUUUGGUCAUUUUCUAACACUUCGUAUAUAAACUUCAUAAACCAAAACGUAAACCCUAGAGCCGGGUUUGUUCCUCUGCGCAGGAAUUCGAAAUAUUUGACAGGUAGAGUUUUUCCAAUGGCUCCCGCUAAAGUUGAUAGUUCUAAGAAGGGUGAUCCAAAGUCACAGGCCUUGAAAACUGCUAAGGCAGUUAAGUCUGGACCUACCUUUAAGAAGAAGGCGAAGAAGAUCCGAACUUCUGUGACUUUCCACAGGCCGAAGACAUUGAAGUUGGACAGGAAUCCGAAGUAUCCUCGGAUUAGUGCACCACCAAGGAACAAGCUUGAUAGUUAUCAGAUCCUGAAGUUUCCUCUUACUACUGAGUCUGCUAUGAAAAAAAUUGAGGACAACAACACUUUGGUUUUCAUCGUCGACCUACGUGCAGACAAGAAAAAGAUCAAGAAUGCUGUGAGGAAAAUGUACGACAUCCAGGCCAAGAAAGUUAACACCUUGAUCAGGCCUGAUGGCACCAAGAAGGCUUAUGUCAGGUUGACCCCUGAUUACGAUGCAUUGGAUGUGGCAAACAAGAUCGGCAUCAUUUAAGUACAUGGGAUUUAUUAAAUGUUAGGCAGUUUUGUAUUUCUAUAUUUCAGGUUUUAUUAUUUUGUAUCUUUUGCUUCAGUUGACACUAAGCAGACACACUCUUAAAUUGAUGAUUGAAAUGAGCAUGUUAAAAUUUUAUAAUUUAGUGAUUUGGUGA